UUUGUUACGUCCCGUUAUCUCGAAAAGCGCACGAGUACUCUGUCGAAUAAGCAGGCGUGCGGCGUAUUUUCAUGCGGUAAAGGCAGGUGAGGCGAGGGUGAGAACACAUUGAGUAGUGGCUGAAGGUAGCGGAACAGACUGGAGUUGGAUGGGUGAAUUAGUCGGCGGGGUGCGUGUGCGUGCGUCAUGUGCUGCAAGAACUGCCCAGAGUGCUGAAUUGAUCUGUGGCUCAUUAUAGCUUAGCUCGCCAGCUGAUCGGAGCUAACUGUUUCGUUUGGCUUGCGUUUCACUAGCUGAUAUUCCUGCGAGCCCCCACCCCACGUUCGUCCUCAACAGCCUCCUCCCCCUCUUUUUUCCUCAGGGGCGCUUGACGGAGAGUAACGAGGCUAACAGACAGCUCAACAUUGGCAGAAAUAAGGAAUAGAGGGAUCCGAGUGUUCUCACGAUCGGAUUGCCCUCACUCGGGGAAGAUGAGCAGAUCGUACGCGGCCCAGAGUCCAGUGCAGGGGAGCGUGAGCGACUAUGGGAACCCGGAGAUGUCGCCAAUGUCCCCGCGCGAUUGAUGCUUCUGCUUUCUGUCACUGCGCGUCCCUUCAUUGGAUUUUAUGACGCUUGGAUUGGUUCUUUUGCACUGAAAUGUCAGUAAUGGCUCUGGCGAAAAGGAUGACACCUUGCCAGUAAGCACAGAAAAAAAUCAGUCGAUAGGCUACUUGUGAUGAUCUAUUUUUGCAUCCGAAUAAAUUACCUGUGUGGUAAAAAGGAAGAAAACAGAAUUAACAUCGGGUUUCUAUCUGUAGCUUAGCCGUAAAUACAUGCGAGUAAACGUGAGCGCGAGGUGACCGAAGGCAGAUUAUAGCUACACCGUGCCAAAUAUUGCGGAUGUUGCGAAAUAAAUAAAUAAUAUUUUUUAAAUUGUAUUUUUUUCUUCUGAUUUAAAUACAUAUUGACACUACAAUCAUCAAAAUGUACAGUUAAACGAAACCCAAAUUAUUGAUUUUAAUGUUUUAAUUUUUGAUCAUUUGGUUAUCACACCUAGAUCGUACAAAUGAUUGUAGCUAUGAUCAUUACAACCUGAUUUUUCAAGGAAACGCACAGGAGAGAGACAUUUCUGGAAAAAACCUAAGGAUGGAGACACCGAAAAUGAGAGAUUUACUCAAGAAUUGCACGGCAGUGGAAAUAUGUUGAUUUUGGACAUAAAAUGAGGUGAAGAUGAUGAUGGACCAUUUUGUGUGUUGAAUUGGACAACGAACCUGUGAACUGCCCGUUUUUUUUAUUUUUAUUUUUUGGUUCAAUUUAGUUUGUCGUUUGUUCGAUUUAUUUUGCCUAAAAAUUGAACCAUCAGCUCCUGAAGCCCAACGUCACAUUUAUAAGCCAUGAAGACAAAUGUGUACUCCAGUUAUACACGUAUUAAGUUUUGAAGCAGAUGGGAUGUAAUGUGGUGUGGUCGCGUUGAAUAUUCGCCCCUUUUUUUCCUGCUUCGUGAAGACUGGCAUUUGGUGUCUAUAGAAUGGCUCGGUUCGGAGAUGAGGUGCCGUCCAGGUAUGGCGGAGGACCGGGACACGCUCAAGGGGGCCCCGGCCGCGGCGGCAGCAGGCAGGGCGGCCCGCCGGGGGCUCAGCAGAGAAUGUACAAGCAGUCAAUGGCCCAGCGAGCCAGAACUAUGGCCCUGUACAACCCUAUACCGGUGCGGCAAAACUGCUUUACUGUCAACCGAUCUCUGUUCAUCUUCAGUGAGGACAACUUCGUGAGAAAAUACGCCAAAAAGAUCACCGAAUGGCCUCCAUUUGAGUACAUGAUCCUGGCAACCAUCAUCGCUAACUGCAUUGUCCUGGCCCUGGAACAGCACCUUCCAGACGGGGACAAGACACCUAUGUCAGAGCGUUUGGAGGACACAGAACCCUACUUCAUUGGCAUUUUCUGUUUCGAGUCAGGCAUUAAGAUAUUAGCUCUGGGAUUUGCCUUUCACAAGGGCUCCUACCUACGAAAUGGCUGGAAUGUGAUGGACUUUGUAGUGGUGCUUACUGGAAUCCUGUCCACCGUGGGCUCAGACUUUGACCUGAGAACUCUACGUGCUGUUCGAGUGUUGAGACCUCUCAAGCUGGUGUCUGGGAUUCCCAGCUUACAGGUUGUGCUGAAAUCCAUCAUGAAGGCCAUGAUCCCUCUGCUUCAGAUCGGUUUGCUGCUCUUCUUUGCCAUCCUCAUGUUCGCAAUCAUUGGUCUAGAGUUCUACAUGGGCAAAUUUCACACCACUUGCUUUGACAAGAUCACCGAUGAGAUCCGGGAGGAGUUUCCAUGUGGGGAGGAGGUUCCCGCUCGAAUAUGUCCUAAUGGAACCGUAUGCAAAAAGUACUGGCUUGGACCGAACUAUGGUAUUACUCAGUUUGACAACAUCCUGUUUGCCGUCCUCACAGUCUUUCAGUGCAUCACCAUGGAGGGCUGGACUGAUCUGCUGUACUAUAGCAAUGAUGCUGCAGGGAGUGCAUGGAACUGGAUGUACUUCAUCCCGCUCAUCAUCAUUGGCUCUUUCUUCAUGCUCAAUCUUGUGCUGGGUGUGCUGUCAGGAGAGUUUGCCAAAGAAAGGGAGCGUGUGGAGAACAGGAGCGAGUUCCUAAAGCUGAAGCGUCAGCAGCAGAUAGAGAGAGAGCUGAACGGAUAUCUGGAGUGGAUCUGCAAAGCAGAAGAAGUGAUUCUGGCUGACGAGGACAAUGACCCAGAUGACCGAAUGCCCUUUGAUGGCUCGAGAAGGAGGCCCACCAUCAAGAAGAGUAAAACAGACCUGUUGGAUGCAGAGGAUGGAGAUGGAGAUAUAGGUUCUCCGUUUGCACGGGGCAGUCUGAAAAGCUCCAAAUUGGAGGGCUCUUCCUUCCAUAAAAAGGAGCGUCGGCUAAGAUUCUUCAUUAGGCGUAUUGUGAAGACUCAAGCAUUCUACUGGACUGUUCUGUGUCUGGUGGGACUCAACACACUGUGUGUGGCUGUGGUUCAUUACGACCAGCCCGAAACGCUCUCUGACUUCCUUUACUUUGCUGAGUUCAUCUUUCUGGGCAUCUUUAUGUCAGAGAUGUGUAUUAAGAUGUACGGACUGGGCACCAGACCUUAUUUUCACUCCUCCUUCAACUGUUUUGACUGCAUUGUCAUUUGUGGCAGCAUUUUCGAGGUGCUCUGGGCUAUGAUCCAGCCAGGAACCUCAUUUGGGAUCAGUGUGUUACGAGCUCUCAGGUUACUGAGGAUCUUCAAAGUGACCAAGUAUUGGGCGUCUCUGAGGAACCUGGUGGUGUCUUUGCUAAAUUCCAUGAAGUCCAUUAUCAGUUUACUCUUCCUCCUUUUCCUCUUCAUUGUGGUCUUUGCUUUGCUGGGGAUGCAGCUGUUUGGGGGACAGUUUAAUUUUGAAGCCGGCACACCCCCAACAAACUUUGAUACUUUUCCUGCAGCAAUAAUGACAGUGUUUCAGAUCCUGACCGGUGAAGACUGGAACAUGGUGAUGUAUGAUGGGAUCGAGUCUCAGGGUGGAGUCAAAAAGGGCAUGGUCUUCUCAGUCUUCUUCAUCGUUCUUACGCUCUUCGGCAACUACACACUGCUCAAUGUGUUUUUGGCUAUCGCUGUGGAUAACCUGGCCAAUGCACAAGAGCUGACCAAGGAUGAACAGGAGGAAGAGCAGGCAGCCAAUAAGAAAAUGGCUCUUCAGACGGCCAAGGAAGUGGCUGAGGUCAGCCCUCUGUCUGCAGCAAACCUCUCUAUCGCAGCCGUGACAGUAAACUCUGAGCGUCUCGAUGCAACAGAACACUUUCUAGACUGUAAGGAGCAGCAGAAGAACCACAAAGGUUGUAAGUCGGUAUGGGAGCAGCGCACUAGUGAGUUAAGACGACAGACCCUCGUGAACAGCAGAGAGGCUCUUUAUAAUGAGUUGGACCCUGAAGACCGUUGGAAGGUCUCAUACUCCCGUCACAUACGUCCCGACAUGAAAACUCACCUGGACCGGCCGUUAGUCGUGGACCCUCAGGAGAACCGCAAUAACAACACUAACAAAACCCGUCCGGGUGACGGCCAACCUCAGCAUUCCCAUCAGCUCCUACACAAACAGCCCAACUUCAAUGAGGCCGAGACUGGAGGAGGUGGAGGGUCUGAGUCCUGGCCCGCACUGGAAAGAGGAGACUCAACAGGGUCCCGCCGCAGUCUUUUGGGCUCUGAGCACUAUGAGGAGGGUAGAGAGUCCCACCGCAGACACCAGCACAGCCAGCACUGCAGUCAGGCCCGUCAACAUCGCAAAGCUGCAGAGGGCGGUGGAGAGCCUGGAGGGAGGAGACACAGGAGUAAGGCCAAGGAAAGAGGACCUGAGUGUGAGCAUUCAGAUGGAGGGGAGCGGAAACACAGACGGCAUCGGCAUGAGGGUGAGGGGAGGAAAGAGAGAGGGGUACGACACCGAAACAGGAGGGAUGGCCAUGCAAGUGGCCCGACUCUCUCUACAACCCGUCCCAUUCAGAAGACUCUGUCCAGGCAGGACAGUCAGUACAGCGAAGACCUGGACAAUGCCAUGAACAACAAACUUGCUACCCAGCCACAUGAUAGUCUGCUUAAUCUGGCCAACACUGCCCACUCUGCCGGCCUGGCACAUACUGGUACAGAGAGCAGCCUCAUCCUCACCAACCCUUCCUCUACCAUUGCAAAUGUUACUAGCAUCGGUCACCUGGGUAUGAAACCUGAGUACACUGCCGUGGACAUUCCUCCCAUGUUCCCCUCCAGUAAUGCCAUUCUACAGGUCAAUAAGAAUGCCAACACGGAGCCUCUGCCAAAGAAGGAAGACACAAAGGGUGACGAUGAUGAUGAUGAGAAAGAUGACGGAGGGCCUAAACCCAUGCCACCCUACACCUCAAUGUUCAUUCUGACCACCACCAACCCAUUUCGGAGAUUGUGUCACUAUAUCGUCACACUGAGAUAUUUUGAGAUGUGUAUUCUACUGGUUAUUGCUAUGAGCAGUAUUGCCCUGGCUGCUGAAGACCCUGUCUGGCCUGAAUCUCCCCGCAACAAUGUCCUACGAUACUUUGACUAUGUGUUCACUGGUGUGUUCACCUUUGAGAUGCUCAUUAAGAUGGUAGAUUUAGGUCUUGUCCUGCAUCAAGGCUCAUACUUUCGUGAUCUGUGGAACAUCCUGGACUUUAUAGUGGUUAGUGGUGCCCUGGUGGCGUUCGCCUUCACCGGAGGCAGCGGAGGAAGCAGCAAAGGGAAAGACAUCAGUACUAUCAAGUCUCUACGUGUGCUUCGAGUACUGCGGCCGCUGAAAACCAUCAAACGUCUGCCAAAACUGAAGGCUGUCUUUGACUGUGUGGUGAACUCUCUGAAGAAUGUGUUGAACAUCCUCAUCGUCUACAUGCUCUUCAUGUUCAUCUUCGCUGUGGUGGCUGUGCAGCUCUUUAAGGGACGUUUCUUUUACUGCACUGAUGAAUCCAAAGAGUUUGAGCGCGACUGCAGGGGCGAGUAUCUGGUCUAUGAAAGAGAUAACGAAGUGAGGUCACAGAAGCGGGAAUGGAAGAAAUACGAUUUCCACUACGACAACGUGCUCUGGGCCCUUCUCACCCUCUUCACCGUUUCUACGGGAGAGGGGUGGCCGCAAGUGCUAAAACAUUCAGUAGAUGCGACCUACGAGAAUCAGGGCCCGAGCCCAGGUUACCGGAUGGAAAUGUCCAUCUUUUACGUGGUGUACUUCGUGGUCUUCCCCUUCUUCUUCGUCAACAUCUUCGUGGCUCUUAUCAUCAUUACUUUCCAGGAGCAAGGAGACAAAAUGAUGGAGGACUAUAGCCUGGAAAAGAAUGAGAGAGCCUGCAUAGACUUUGCCAUCAACGCUAAGCCGCUCACACGGCACAUGCCCCAGAACAAGCAGACCUUUCAGUACCGCAUGUGGGAGUUUGUGGUGUCUCCUCCAUUUGAAUACACCAUCAUGGCCUUGAUCGCGCUCAACACUAUUGUCCUUAUGAUGAAGUAUGAUGGAGCAUCGCUUACUUAUGAAGAUGUGCUAAAAUACCUGAACAUAGUGUUCACCUCUCUAUUCUCCAUGGAGUGCAUAUUGAAGAUCAUAGCCUUCGGAGCAUUGAACUACUUCAAAGAUGCCUGGAACAUCUUCGACUGUGUGACUGUACUUGGCAGCAUCACUGAUAUUUUAGUCACAGAGCUGGGGAUGAACAACUUCAUAAAUCUGAGUUUUCUAAGGCUCUUCAGAGCUGCUCGUCUCAUUAAGUUGCUCAGGCAGGGUGAAACCAUACGCAUCCUGCUCUGGACUUUUGUCCAGUCUUUCAAGGCUCUGCCGUAUGUGUGCCUACUCAUCGCCAUGCUGUUCUUCAUCUACGCCAUCAUUGGCAUGCAGCUGUUUGGGAACAUUAAGAUCGAGGAGAACAGUGACAGUGCCAUUACCCAGCACAACAACUUCAGGACUUUUUUCCAGGCCCUAAUGCUGCUCUUUAGGAGUGCUACAGGUGAGGCAUGGCAUGACAUCAUGCUGUCAUGUCUGGGAAAGAAGCCGUGUGAUAUUCUCUCUGAUAACCCGAAGCCAGAAUGCGGGAGCGAGUUUGCCUACCUCUACUUUGUCUCCUUCAUCUUCCUCUGUUCAUUUCUGAUGCUGAAUCUGUUCGUGGCUGUGAUCAUGGAUAAUUUUGAAUACCUGACGCGUGACUCCUCUAUCCUGGGACCCCAUCACCUGGACGAGUAUGUGAGGAUCUGGGCAGAAUAUGAUCCUGCUGCUUGUGGCAGAAUCAGUUACAGGGAUAUGUAUGAGAUGCUCAGGCACAUGUCUCCUCCGUUAGGCCUGGGGAAGAAGUGCCCUGCACGGGUUGCCUACAAGAGACUGUUGCGGAUGGAUCUGCCGGUUGCCGAUGACAACACAGUGCACUUUAAUUCUACCCUUAUGGCCUUAAUCCGAACCGCUCUGGACAUCAAGAUCGCCAAGGGUGGGGAAGGAGGUGUAGAUAAGCACCAGAUGGAUGCUGAAUUAAGGAAGGAGAUGAUGGCGAUAUGGCCUAAUCUCUCUCAGAAGAACCUGGACCUGCUGGUGACUCCUCACAAGUCAGCGACAGACCUGACAGUAGGAAAGAUCUACGCUGCCAUGAUGAUCAUGGAGUAUUAUCGGCAAAGUAAAGCCAAACGGACACAAGCUCUCCAUGAUGAGCAGAAUCGAACGCCAUUAAUGUUUCAGCGUCUGGAGCCGCCAUCUCCUAGCCAGGAUGUGGGACCAGGACUCACUGGCCUUCCUGACACACAAAUGCACCCUGCAAAUCAUCUGCCUGUUGAUGAAAGGAUCCCAGAGAGCCAAUCAUGGGUGACAGCGCGAGCACAGGAGAUUUCUCAAAAAGCAGGCAACUGGAGUCCAGAGGGCCAACAUCCAGAUGACACCACAGACAACAGAAGGCAGUCUCAGACAGUAGAGAUGAGAGAGAUGGGGCGGGACGGGUACUCGGACACAGAGCAAUAUCUGCCGAUGGAAGGCCAUGGCAGGGCUGCUUCCAUGCCUCGACUCCCAGCAGACAACCAACAGCCACGGAGGAAAGGGCGUCACCGGGGAGAAAAUCUCACUCAGCCUAUCACAGAUAACAGUCCUAUGAAGCGCUCGGCUUCAUCUUUGGGACACGGGCGUGCAGGACGCUCCAUGCGAGGUGAGGAUUAUGCCAUGGAGAGGGUUAUCCCAGAAGAGGGUCACAGGCAUGGGCAUCGCCACCGAGACCGUAGUCACCGGGCGUCAGAACGCUCCCUGAGCCGAUACACUGAUGCUGACACAGGUCUUGGAACUGACCUCAGCACAACCACACAAUCAGGAGACCUGCCAUCCAAGGAGAGAGACCGGGGCCGAGCCAAAGACCGCAAGCACCAUCAUCAUCAUCAUCACCACCACGGCUCUUUAGAUAAGGAGCACUACGGUCAUGAGAGAGACAGAGGAGAGUACGGCCACAGACAGUCCAGAGAGAGAGACCGCCGCUGGUCCCGCUCACCCAGUGAGGGCAGAGAGUGUCUGACUCACAGACAGGGCAGUAGUUCAGUAAGCGGCAGUCCAGUCCCGUCCACCUCCGGGACCAGCACCCCCCGCCGUGGCCGCCGUCAGCUCCCCCAAACCCCUGCUACACCCCGGCCACAUGUCACCUACUCACCUGUGGUCCGUAAGCCCAUCAGCAGUACCCCCCCUCCUGGCCAGCAGAGCCGACUCCCUACCCCGACCUCCCGGCGCUUCAGUCCGACUGGCCCCGAGCCCCCGCUUCCCCCUCAUCACCACCCGUCACCACCCCACCACGGCUCUCCCCGCUCCGGCCGACAUGCACACUGGGGCCCCGAGCCUGCAGAGAGCGUGGAGGGUGACGGCUUCUAUGACGACCAAGACUAUGAGUUCAAUCACCACGAGCCUCCAUCCUACGAGCAAAGCCCUGUGCAGGGCAACCCUCACCCCCAUUCCCCUAGGACUUCCCGCCACAACACCCCUCCUCAGGGCCAAGCGCACCCACGGCGCAUGCCAAAUGGCUACCGUUCGUCUUCGCCCUCUCCACACCACCACGCGCCCGCUCACCCUGGAACUCAUAAACCUCCUCAUCCCAGAGGGCCCAGAAAGGGCCUCCAUGAACCCUACAGUGAGACUGACGAGGAUGACUGGUGCUAGCCUCUGGGACAGGGAGGGCCGAGUCCUUGCGCUUUCUGGAACGGACAACCGCUCAAACAGUGGCCCAUCUGUCCAGGGAAACACACGGCAGUGUGCUGAAUGUCCACAGGGGAAAUCAAGGCAUGAUUCCUUUCUUUCUAUUUCUCGUUUCUUUUACAAUUCCUCUGCUGCCGAGUGUUUCCCUGAAAGCUGGCAGUGAACAUGAAGCCUGGCGAAUAUGAAAUCUUGUUUUUAGCCUUUUUUUCUGAAGAAAACAAACAGGUUUUUUUGAUAAGGAGGAGGAAUGUCUGAACUUUUCUUUUUCCAGGACAUUUCACGCAGUCCCUCCAGAAAUGAGACGCUAUGAACUCUUUAGCACUCAUUCAAAGAAACAACAACAGCAACAACAACAACAAAAAAAACGAUGAAUCACUUUUUAUUUCACAGAACUUGACUGGAGAUUCGUUUAUUGCAAAAAUCAGUCCAGAUGCUGGGAAAUAUUGAUGAGUUUUAUCAUCUGUGUUUACUGUUAUUAAUAAUCCCAGUGGAAGGGGGUGCGGGUAAGUUGGGUGGGAGCCGGAUCUGGGCGGAGGUGAACUCUCACCUGAACUAAAAUUAUUUAAGCCCACCCUGCACUUCAGACCCCAAACGCAAGAAAAGAAACGUACACACAAACACACAGACACACACAUACACACACAAAAAAAUCUAAUAGGAGAGAAAAAAAGUGAAAAAGCUCCUCACUCUUUCUUCUACGGCUUCGUCUUCUGCUUCUCAUUGGAAACAUUGGAGUUUGAAUCUUCUGUUGCACUGCCCAGCUUUGUUUGAACUCCUAGAAAAUAAAUCCCUUGGAAAUCCUGCAUGAUUGAAAAAAAAAAAAGAAAACAAAAAAAAAACAAGUUUAAAAAAAUACACAAAGAAACUUUGAGUAAAAUGGGGGAAGGGGGGAUCGAUUCCUUGGCUCUUUUGUCACGUCCGUGUCGUUCUCUCUCUCUUUCUCAUCAAAGUCUCCUCUCUCUCUUUCAUGGCUCUCUGUGAUCCCUCUCUUCUCAAGAAGAGAAGAAGCCAUUGCUAACACUCAAACUAAAAGCAAAUGGGUGAUCAGAGAGAUGUUUGCAAGGUUUUAUACCAGAUUUGGUGCCAAAUACCACAUACAGUAAAAAAUUAUGAAUGGAAAAUAAAUGGAUAGCACAAUUGCUUUUAAGCUUGAGACAUUUUAUAACAUUUUAUUUCACUGUAUAGUUAAUUAGCUCACUUGCACAAGAAUGCAGAUGUAGUAGCACAUAAAGCAAGCAAAGGACAUGCGAUUUUCCUUUACACUACUAAAACAACAUGCUCUUCCAGUCUUCCAGGGUAAAUGCAGAGUGAGAGAGAGAUAUAGUCGAGGGGAGAAAAGAGAGAGAGAACCGCUCCAUCUUUACAUAUGAUUUCAUGUUGAUAAUGACAAUGUGUGUGUAUAGAGAUGAUCACAUAAAUGCUGAUAAUUAUUGAUGAUGGUGAAGAUAAUUAUGAUGAUGAUGAUGAUGAUUUUGAUUUCAUUUUCUACCUGUUUUGUAUUUGACUCAGCUGCUCUUUGUAUUGCCAUACUUGUUUUCAUGUGAGUUUUGUGUAGAUGGUGUGUGGAGCUCUGUGAUAGUGAUCAUUAUGGGCCAUGACAGAAACCCAUCUGACCUUCAGUCCACGUCCUCCACUUGGGCUGUUUCCAUGACACAUCAGUGAGAGUUAAUGACAGUUCGAAGCAUGCAUCUGAUCUCGAGUCUCUGUAACUGUGAACACUUUUUAUCAAGCAGGAAAAAAGCAAUGAAAAAAGAAAGUAGAGGAUGAGCCGACUAGUUAUCGACCAUGUAAGUGUGAUAUAAACGUCUAUAAUGUCUAAACAAUAUAAGCUGACGAGGAUUAAUUAGGUUACAUUUUAUAGAUCAAUUUGAGAUAUUUUCUCUAUUUUCUGUUAUUUAGUAUCUUCCUUUUAAAAUAAUUUCAAAUAUUUUUAUUGAUUUACAUUAUUUUUGUAAUUAUCUAUUUAUAAUUUUUGUAUACCUUUAAACCAGUGGCUUUCAACCAGCAGGGCAGAAGCCCAACAAUUAUUAAAAUAACACUUAUUGUAAAGACAAAACAAUAAUAAUAUAUUACAAGAAUCUGAGAAUGCAAUCACAGAAUAAGUUGCUGUUAAUUCAUUUCAUUUAAAGCAAGGCACUGCAGCCAAAAACACCUGUCAGUUUGAAUAUUUUGGGCUUUUUCAGUCUAAUGUUAAAAUUCACUUUUAGGGUGUUUAACAAUUUAAUUAUAAUGCAUAUUAGAAAAAUUAAGGUUUCAUCACAAUUUAAGCAAUCUCAACCUCAGUAGCUUUUGCACACCCCAAACCCCACAUUUUUAUUCAUGUCUGUAUUGUUAAUGUUUUUACAGAGGGAACUGUUCUUUUCUGGCUGUUUGCAGCAUUUACUGAAUCACGAGGCAUAAAAAUGGCAUUCCCCAAAAACCUUUGAGUGAAAGUAUAAUUAAAAACCAAAAACUAUUUUGAGUUUUAAAUUUGAGCUGAUGCAUUUUUGUGCAAAUUACCAUAUAUUUAAUGAUCUAAUGCAUCAUUUGCAUAUUUAAAACAUUUUAGAAAGAUUGUAAAACAAAGUGUAUACGCUUAAAGCAAUCAAUCAGUUGGAGAAGUAUGGUAAUAGCUAUUAUUUUUUUACCCUCUUCACCUGCAGUGUCUUGACUUAAAAUAUCACACCUACCCCUUUAAAAAAAAGACAGAAAACAAGCAGCUUUGUCGUAAAUGACAGCAGAAAUGGCAUAAAUAUCUCAGCCUCAACCAGGCCUAAAAGUCCUGAAGAAAUUUGAAUGGCGAGAAGGUAACUGAGCUCCACUACCUCUACUUGACCAGCAGAUGGCGCUGUGAUCCACACUGCUCGGCAGCCAGUGAUUUUGCUGGCUCCCGUCAGUCUCACCUUUUUCUGUUCCAUGUUUUUAUGUCAAUGACCUGUACACUGAGAGUAGUACUAUGUGUCUGUCACCGAUGGUGCACCGUUCUGUGUUCAGGAAAUGUAACACAGCCAAUCAAACUGCACAGAAACAUGUAACACCGCCAAUCAAAUUGCAUGGGUGAAAACAAUGACCGGGCCUUUUCUGCCAAAAACCUGUCUGUUGUGUCCCACUGAUCUUUGUGUCUCUUCUGCCCAUAUUAUCCAUCGUCAUCUCAGCCUUCUUCUACGAGGCAGAAUGACUCCGCAUACACAAGACACGCUGCCGAAAGGGUCCAACUUUGCAGCAUGCGCAAAUGAAACAAUGUAUGUAGCAUUGACUAACAUAUUAUCAUUCACAACCCCUUGAGCGAGUCCUGUAUGUAGCAUUACUGAUAAAACUGGUAAGUCUGUGGCUUUACUUGGAGAUUAGUGUGUACACGACUAGUGAGUAAAAUUGUCCCCUUGCUAUUACUUGAUUUAGUUUGAGAACUACAUUCUUAGGAAUGUAUUACUGAGAUUUAUCAGUGCCUUAAUUCAGUCUUAUUUAGUGUAUGUGUCCUCAAUAGCAGUUUAAAAAAACAUUUUUUUUGGGUUCAUUUAUCUAAAGUUGGCAGUUAGCUUGAGAGAUUUACUUUUUACAAGGACAGAAUCUAAAUAUGCAAUAUGAAGCCUUUUUAAGCUGGAAAAUGCGUAGAGGGGAAUGAUAUUGCUACACUAAAAAAAUGGGUUGUUUCAGCUCAAAUUUGAGUAAAAUAUGGACAAACGCACUGAAAUAUUUGAAAUGUAAUUUUUUAACCCAAACUCAAAUGUGGUCUGAAAACAACCCAAAUUUUUAGAGUGUUUCAGAAUUGUGUGUCUCAAAAAUCACCUUGUGAAUGAUCUCAUUCUCAUUUGCAUGCAGGAUGUUCUCUCAACUUCAGUCUCUGUGUGCGUGUGUGAAGCUGUAAGAGAAAACACAUGCGGUAGGUUGGUUAGAACAUUGACAUUUCUCAUUGUCUGUCAUAAAUCAUCAUUACUAACAACCUCUGUUCAUAUUUGGCAAAAACAAAUGCCUAUUUAAAGUACAACGCUAAUGUGGGAGCCACACUGUACAAAGAUUCAACAAAAAAAAAUAAAAAAUAAGCAAGUUUUUGUCACAAAUUAAAAAAAAAAAAAGAUGUAGAGAAGCAUUUACCUUGAGAACUGCAUGUGCAAUGUGCAUGCCACAGCGUUUGAUAAAAAGUCAGCUGCAGGAAUUAAAAAAAAUGUUUUGUAGAAAAAAAAA